CCUCCUUCAGCCCCCUCCACCUCCUCGUUAAACCCCGCAAUCCCUCCCGCCCAUCACCCUUUCCCUCCGCCAGCUCCCACUCCCCCUUCAGCCCCCAAAUCCCUUCUCAGCUCCAUCAUACACCAACCCCCCGCAGGCCCAAAUCCCCGUCCAUCCCCCGUCUCCCCCCUCGCCGGGGGCGGGCCGUUCCCGCUCCCCUUCCCGCUGCCCCUGUCGCUGCCUCUCUCCCUGAGGGAGCGGUGGGCUCUCGGGCGCUGCCGGCCCGGCCAUGUACGCGGGCCGCAGGCGGAGGAAGCCGGUGCCGCGGGCGACGCGGCCGGGCCCGGCCGAAGGCGGCGGCUCCAACCCGUCCAAGCGGCACCGGGAGCGGCUGAACCGGGAGCUGGAGCGGCUGGCGGGGCUGCUGCCCUUCCCGCCCGACGUGGUGGCUGGGCUGGACAAGCUCUCGGUGCUCCGCCUCAGCGCCGGCUUUCUGCGUGCCAGGAGCUUCUUGGGCGUUGCUCUGAAGAAUCCUGGUGCCAAGGAAGCCCAGAGGGACGGAGCCUGUGGCGCUGGACCAGCUCUGGGCUCAGCAGCAGUUCCAGAGGGUGAGCUGCUCCUACAGGCCCUCAAUGGCUUUGUGCUGGUGGUGACAUCAGAAGGGCUGAUAUUUUACUCCUCGCAUACGAUCCAGGACUAUCUGGGAUUUCACCAGACAGAUGUCAUGCACCAGAGCGUCUUCGAGCUGAUCCACACCGAGGACCAGCCGGAGUUCAGGCGCAACCUCCGCUGGGCCCUGGACGCUGGUGAGCCCUCUGCAGCAGCAGGGAAGAGUCUUAGCUCUUCUGCUGGCAUCUGCAAGCCGGAUCAGCUGCCCCCAGAAAACUCCUCCUUCCUGGAGAGGAGCUUUGUGUGCCGCUUUCGCUGCCUCCUGGAUAAUUCCUCCGGAUUCCUGGCUUUGAACCUUCAAGGCAGGCUGAAAUUCCUUCAUGGGCAGAAGGAAAGGUCUGAAGAUGGCUCUGUCCUGCCCCCCCAGCUCGCUCUGUUCGCCAUCUCCACGCCCCUGCAGCCGCCGUCCAUCCUGCAGAUCCGAACCAAGAACAUGAUCUUCAGGACCAAGCACAAGCUGGACUUCACCCCCUUGGCGUGCGAUGCCAAGGGGAAGAUCGUGCUGGGCUACACCGAGGCGGAGCUGCGGAUGUGUGGCACGGGCUACCAGUUUGUCCACGCUGCUGACAUGCUGUACUGCGCUGAGAACCACGUCAGGAUGAUGCAGACGGGCGAGAGCGGGCUGACGGUGUUCCGGCUGCUGACCAAGGACAAGCGCUGGAAGUGGGUGCAGGCCAACGCCCGGCUCGUCUACAGGAACGGCAAACCCGAGUACAUCGUGGUCACACAGAGGCCCCUCGUAGAUGAAGAAGGAGGAGAGCACCUUCGGAAGCGGUCCAUGCACCUUCCCUUCACCUUUGCUACAGGAGAGGCGCUUCUAUACCAAAGUUCUCAUCCUCUCCCAGGCUUCCCUGACCUUUUCCAGAGCAAAGGGAAGCUCAGCAAGUCCAAGAAGCCCCCCUGCAGCCACGCAGGGCGCUCCCAGAGGAACGGCAUUGACCCCAGGUCUCUGCUGGGCGCUGUGAUGCAGCAGGACGAGGCGGUGUACACCUCCCACUCAGCUCCCAUUCCCAACCCUUCCUUCAGCAGCACUUUCCAGCUCAAGGGUGUGUCCUUGCCAGGUGCAGGAGGGGAUGCCUGGGGUAUGGGCACAGCUCCAGCUUCUUCAAGGGGCAACAGCCUCCAAGAGAAGCUGCUGGAUUUGCAGCAGGAGGACCCUCUCUUGGCCACCAUGGACUUGCUCUCAAUUAAGAGUGACCAGAGCUGUUCCAACGAGCUCUUCAGUGCUUUGGAGGGCCUGGGCUUGAAUGCUGAGGACCUGGGGCUCCUGCUGCUGGAUGAGAAAAUGGUGAUGGUCAGAACGGACCCAGACCAGUCACCAUCCCUGAAUAACAGCCUGGCCAGCAACCAGAUUCUUUCCCAUGUCCCCAGGCCUCCCGCGGAUGGGCAUGAGGGAGGGCAGCAGGUCUGUCCCCUGCCAGGCACGCCCCCCAGCCCGCAGGGAGGCCCUGCUCCGUGCCACAUGGAGGACGAGCACUCGGGGUGCCACCUGGCACAGCGUGCAGGGCAGCCACGCACUGCCCUGCCCCAGCCCCAGCCCCACACGCUGCUGUGGGAGCAGCCCCCCAGUGCUGUGCCAGGGCUGCUCCCAGAGCUGGCUGAGCAGGAGGAGCUCUCCAGCGGCUCCCAGUGGAGGCCAGCUGGGGAGGAGACUGUGCUCCACUCCUUCCAGCCAGUGCGGGGCACCCCAUGGCACAGCACCCCCAGCUCAGCCCCGGGCGCUCCCUGCCCGCAGGAGCCACCCGGGGCCCAGCAGCUGCAGGGAGGCUGCUCACUCGUGCAGCCCCUCCAAGAGGAUGCCCAGCAGUCCUUCUGCCUGUCCAGCCAGCGCCAGGACCACGCGGCACCGCCCAGCCAGCCCAGGCACCAUCACUUGCUGAUGAACGGGCUGUGUGGCCCCAGCUGUUCUCCGCAGCCCAGCCCUUGGCAGGACUGUGUGUGCCCUCUGCUGCGGGCUCCAGCUCAGCCUGGCGUUCCUGGCCUCAGCAGAGAUGGGGCCUCCCAGCCCCAGGGCUGCCCGGGCCCCGGGCCUGGCCUGCCCCCACAGCAGUUUCACCUGGAUGGAUUGUGCAGCCUGGAUGCUGCCGGCCCUGGGGACUCCUGGCAAGAGAUGGCUCCAUACCCCAGGAUUUUUCCCCCUUUCUACCAGCUCGUUCCCGAGAAGCAGCUGAGCUCUGUUCUUUCCGUGCCCCAGCACUCUUCCCCCAGCUCAGCUGCAGGGCACUUUGGGAGCAUCAGCAGCCCUCUGGAGACGCUGAAUUCCUAUGGGACACGGAGCCAGGAGGGCAGGCACAGGCCCCACAGCGGCUCUGGUUUGCCCAGCUCUGCCAUGGCACUGCCCCAGGACCAUCCAGUGCUGGGGGGAAGCCUGGCACUGCCCUGCCAGCCUCAGCCCCGGGCAGAAGUGCUGCCAGAUCCCCCUCACGCCUCCAGGAGGGACUUCUAUCUCUAGGAGAGACGGGAAUGGACAAAGCAGGAUUUUCCCUGGGGAAGGAGCUGCCUUCAAGCUGCAGAAGACAAACCUUCCCCACUGCUGGGCGCACCCUGAUGGUGCCAUUGAUGAGGGUUGCUUUGGCUCACCUGGGGGAUUUUUUCUCAGCUUCCCACCAUCCUGCUCGCUGUGCUGGUGUCCCUGGUGUGGGGAGGGACAGCAAGGCUGGAGAACAGAUUUCCCAGGGCGCUACAGCAGGCUGAGCUGUGGUUGCAGGUCACCCCAUGGGUGCAACCAAAGCUUCACCAAAGCUUUGUAUUUCAAGUUGUGCAUGAUCCAGCAUGGAUACCAGACUCAUGAAAACCUUUCUGUGUCUUUCCUCAGGACAGGUUUUCAUGAGGCUGGUAUCCAUGCUGGAUCAUGUGUCUUUUCACCUCUGGUAUUAAAUUUCCUGCCGUCCCUGCCAGGUACCUGUGGCCGUGGCCACGUUGUACAGAUUUGUUGCCUGUUUUAUAAGGAAAAGGAGCCUCGUGUGGUGUUCUUGUGCUGCUCUGGUCCUUCCCCACCCCAGCUGUCCCUGUGUGCCAGGUGUUCCCAGUGUUUGGGAUCCAGGUUAGAGCUCCUGUGGCAAACACCCUGGGCUUUGCUGUACUGUACAAGACAUGCUGAGAUUGGCUGCUAAACUGAUUUUCUCUGGGUGCUGGCCUCAGGCACCCUCAGACUUCAAGUCUCAAAGUUUUCAGUUAAAAACCAAAAAUUUCAAUAAGGUAAAGAAAAUAAGUAUAAUGCUACUUAAUUGUAAGUACUGAGAGAGUGAUGUUUUCCCACAGAAAAAAAACAACCCCACAGCCCAUAUGUGUGUACAUAAUACAAGUUGACAGAUUUAUUUUUAUGCCACUCCAGUGGAAGGAACAAACAACCUCUUACCAUCCCAAAGCAGCAUCCUGUGGAAUGAGAUGAAAAGGUUGUUUAAAGACCAGAAACACGGUGACCCUUUAAGAAACCUGACGAAGCUCAUCCCUCCUCCUGCUCACCCAGCUUUGGAUUCGUGUGAAUUCCUCUUGGUUUUGUUUCAAUAAAUGGUUUUGGAG